AUGGACGUAUUUCUCUCACAACCAACAGCCCACUGUCAUGCUCCUCAACCUGAUCGUGUGCCUGCUAUCCAAUUAAAAAAUGAAGUUAAAGCUCGUGCCGCAACAACAGAUGAAUCAACCAGCUCCAUUAUUCAUUCGGCUUUGCGUACGUAUCCAUUGAGUGCUGCUGGUGAACUUCCAAAAAAUGAAGCACUUAUGCUAAUGAUUCGACGACAGCGUACUGUUGAAACAGUCGAUGCCGAUGGUCGUUUACCAGAAAAAUUAAGAAAGACGUAUCGUGAUGAAGACUUCAUCUUACACGAAGACAAAAAUUUAAUUAUCUUUACAACAAAAACAAAUUUAUCGAUACUGAAGCAAAAUAAACAUUGGUUCGCUGAUGGAACAUUCAAAGUGUGUCCUGAUGAUUAUUAUCAAUUAUUCACGUUACACGCGAUGAUGACUAAUGCAAUUAUCCCUCUUGUCUAUGGAUUAUUAAUUGGUAAAAGCGCUGAAGAUUACAAUUUAUUCUUCGAAAAAGUAUUAGUACAAGACGACUUCCAACCUGAAUCAAUUAUGACUGAUUUCGAAACUGGUACAAUCAAAUCCGUCAGAGAAAUGUUGCCAAACAUUUUACAUAAAGGAUGUUUCUUUCAUUUUUCUCAAGCGAUAUGGCGGCAAGUUCAAGAAAAAGGAUUGGUAACAAAAUACAGAGAAGAUGAGUACUUUCGUUUAAAUGUAAAAAAAUUAAUUGCUCUUGCCUUUGUUCCAGUAGAUGAAGUUACAAAUGGUUUUGACUUAAUUGCUAAUCAAUUCGACGAUGACGCCGAUGAUUUACUUGAUUAUUUUGAAAAAACAUGGAUUGGUGAACCAAAAAGAAGAGGAACUGGUCGAAAGAAGCCUCAAUUUAAUCACAAUUUAUGGAAUAUUCACGAUCGUGUCAUCGCUACUGUACCUCGUUCCAAUAAUUCGGUUGAAGGCUGGCACAAUGCAUUCGCAAGUCGCGUCGCAAUGAGUCAUCCUGAUAUUGUGAAACUGGCAGAGAAAAUUCGUCGAGAACAAUCGAAGUUCGAGGUGGACAUGGCGAAGAUUCUCCAAGGUCACGAUGUCAAGACAAAAAAAGCCUGUUAUCGAAGAUUGGACGAACGUAUUACUCGGCUAGUCAACGCAUUCGACUCAUCUCAACUGGAUGAAUUUUUAAAAAAUAUGGCCGCCAAUAUUACUGUUUAAGUAAGUUACAUUUAAAAUUAUUUCUCUCAAUAAUUUUCUUUUGUUUUAUUUAGAUUGUUCUUUUGCUUUUCGUUUGAUUUAUUAUUUAUUUCAUGUAUAUUUUGUUUUUUUUUUGUUUAGAUUUUCUUCUCUUGCCCACGCAUCGCAAUCAUCUCAGCUGGACUAAUAAAAAAAAAUGAUUAUUAACAGUACUCAUCAGGUAAUUUACUCUCUAACUUAUUUCUAUAAUUCAUCUUUUUUUUUCUUUUAGAUUAUUAUUUUCGUCUUUUCUGCUUUUUUUCUUGUUUUUCUUGUUUUUCUUUUUUUUUGUUGUAAAUGUAUUCAUCAUGUAAUGUAUAAUUCACGAAAUAAAUAUGAAUCAUUUGCUCAAAUUAACGUCUUUGAAAAGUGAACUAAUUAAGGGGCAUGGAAAGAAUAGAUAGAAUGGAAGAAAACGAGAGUAAUUACUCUGCGACAAACAGAACGAAAAAAAUUACGAUGAACAGAACGAAAAAAUUGCGACGAACAGAACGAAAAAAUUGCGACGAACAGAACGCGACAAAAUGUUAUGCGACGAAGUGAUCGUGCGACGAAAUGAUUGCGACGAAGUGAAUGCGACGAAGUGUCGUGCGACGAAAUGUACUAGCGCCCAAUUUUCGUUCGACUAUUUUUCGUUCGACCAAUAUUCGCUUUCCCGGUCAAGAUUACUCUAUUUUAUAUGUGUCAUUUUUUUUUUCUCUAUGAUUCUAUUUAAAAAGAAUGAGCAACACGGCCAAUAACAACAUGAAACAAUUUGACUAUACAUGUUACAAUAGUAUUUUUAAUUGGCUAAAUGUGCACU